CGCGGCGGCGUCAAAAAUCUCCAGACAGCUUGGCUCCGCGCCUUUUUCGCACAAAAAAAAUUCUCGAGACUGCAAUUUCUAAGCGCAAAAGUUUUUGAUAAAAAUAUGAACUUCGAAUACAAGAUUCUGAAAGAGAAUUUCAUGGAAAUUGAUUCAAAACUGUGCUCUUUGCUGGAAACCAAUGAGAACCCGCCGGAGCCGGAGCCUCGUGCUGGAAAUUCCUCGGGAAGCACCUCGCACAUCGUGCUGGCCGAACUGCAGGCCAAUUUAAAAAAAUUGAAUUUGGAAAAUGCUCCUCACUUUCAGUUCCACGGCUACGGGUGCCACGCUUUGACCAAGAGGGCCCGCGACCACGAGAAGCCAAUUGUGAACGGGCGCUAUCGAAAGAAGUCAAGGUCGGUGUGGUGGUCGGGUGCUGCCACUUCUGGUCAGUGGCAGCAGCAUCGCCAGCAGCAGAGGCAGCAGCAGCUGCAAAGGGAGACUCAAUUCAAUGUGGCCCAACUGACUCCGAUGAUGCGUUCAAUUGGCCUACGUGGCGAUUGCGUGGAGCGCAAUGCCGUUGUUCGUUUGAUGAAUCUUUUUAAAUCGCUGCAUGACCACAUGAACCAGGACCUGGGCUUCGGGCCCGAAAACUCAUUUCCAUCGGACUAUCUGUUUGAUCUGCCCAAGAAGCGCACCAUGCCCUAUAGCCUGAAUCUGCGCUGUCAGGUGGAGGUGCUGUGCAGCAAGGCGGAUCGUUUUCUGGCCUGCCAGCGGCGCAUGGUGGAGGCCAAUCGCCACUUUGACUAUGUAAAGUACUCGGAGGGCGACAAACUUAUCAAGGGAUCGUUAAAUUUCCUAAGGUUGUUCAAGCAGUUCUCCACCUCCACGUUGCGCCAUCGCAAUGGCAAGUUCUUGGGACCUGCAGCCAUUUCUAAUGCCCAAAAACUGGAGGACUUGCUCAUAAAUCUGCGAGAGUGGCUGCGCUCCGCCUUUCUCUGCGUGUAUGUGUUUAACUGGGAGUAGUUUUAAACUAAGUAGUUUUUAAACUGGCAUGUAGACGCAACCAAAACGUUUGAACUACGGAGAAGGAUUGAACUGUGUGGCUGUAAAAUAGAAAGAAAGCUUGUAAUAUACAAAUUCCUACCUUUCUUUGGUUAAUUGUGCUUUGUAAAUUAAAGAAUUAACGAUCUUGUGGUUGGUAACGUGAAAAAGAGA